GUCUGCACGUCCUCUUCCGGUCUUUACUCGCCUAUUUUUCUUGUUCUAAAGGGUAGGCUUUGUCAACAUGUCGACUCCCCCUGCACAAAGGAAACCUCUGCCGUUCAUUGCAAACUUCACCGCCGGCGCCAUCGCUGGUAUCUCUGAGAUCUUGACCUUCUAUCCUCUCGAUGUGGUAUGUACUACACGUGCGAACGUCAAAACGCGACUGCAACUCGAGAAAGGCAAGGCGCAGCAUGGGCUGGUAGGAACCUUCAAGACGAUCAUUAAGGAGGAGGGUGUCGGUCGGCUUUAUCGAGGUCUUGUCCCUCCGCUGCUCAUGGAGGCCCCCAAGCGCGCGACCAAAUUUGCCGCGAACGACUUUUGGGGAAAGACGUACCUGCAACUCACCGGUGGCACCAAAAUGACGCAGAGCCUGUCGGUGCUCACCGGGUGUACUGCGGGCGCGACGGAAAGUUUCGUCGUGGUGCCGUUCGAGCUCGUAAAAAUCCGGUUGCAGGACAAGAGCAGUACGUACGCGGGUCCUUGGGACGUUGUGAGGCAAAUCGUCAAGGCAGAAGGCCCGUUAGGUCUGUAUGCUGGUAUGGAAGCGACUUUUUGGAGGCACGUGUGGUGGAACGGAGGGUUUUUCGGUUCGAUAUAUCAAGUAAGGGCGUUGUUGCCCAAGGCAGAGAGCAAAUCGGGCGAGAUGCUGCACAACUUCGCAUCAGGUUCAGUAGGCGGUUUCAUUGGCACCGUCAUCAACACUCCGUUUGACGUUGUCAAGUCGCGUAUACAAAACACUAGGAAGGUUCCGGGCGUUACCCCCAAGUAUAACUGGACAUACCCUGCAUUGGUGACCGUGUUCAGAGAGGAGGGCUUCGCGGCGCUUUACAAGGGUUUCGUACCCAAAGUCCUUCGGCUCGGUCCUGGUGGUGGUGUACUCCUUCUCGUGGUGGAGGCUACACUUGUCAUUUUCCGUCAAGCUCUGGGUCCUCCUUAUGUAUAGACGGGUGUUUCACCAAUCCAUAACGGACGCAUGUUGGUGAUAUGUCGACGAGGGCUAGAUAUCGUAGAAAUACAUAGGAUGAAUGGUUGCAGGCUAUAUGAACUAAUGUAUUCAUAUCGCUUCAACAUUUGGUGCAUAAAUCUUUGCAAACAC